AAAAUCCCACCGGCCUGCGCGUAGGACACGCAUCGCCGUACCCGCAAGCGCCUCGUCGCGCACCCAGCAAGAGCGUUCGCGCUCAAACAAACAAACAACGCCCCCAUAAGAAGCGCUUCGCUCCAACAAACGAUCACCGAUGCUGCUCGUCAUAUACUGUGCCGUCGUCGCUCGCGCGGCGGCGUUCGUCGUCUCCCCCGAGGCGCUCCAGAAGUACGGCCAGGAGGCCGACGACGGCCUCCUCACCUCGAAGAUCCUCUUCAAGAUGAAGCGCCCCGGCUCGGGCCUCCGGGGCGCGGCCAAGACCCUCGACGGCGCCGCGGCGGACGUCGCCCUCGCGAUCGACUGCGGCGCGCCGUCGCGCGUCUUCCGCGCCGCGGGCAAGUUCGAGGACGCGCACGUCGCCGCGGGCCUCGACCUCUGGUACGCCGUCGACUGCGGGAGCGAGCCGGCGCCGCGCGGCCUCGCGCGGGCCGCCGCCGCCGGCGAGCGCGUCGAUGCCGUCGAGCCCGCGCGCGCGCGCGUCGAGGACUGGAUGCCCGACGACCCGCUCUUCUCGAAGUCGACGGCGGACGCGAUCAACCUCCGGGGCGCCUGGGACGCGACCGCGGGCUCGCCGGACGUCGUCGUCCAGGUCGUCGACGACGGCGUCGACGUCGACCACCCGGACCUGGAGCGCAACGUCUGGACGAACCCCGGCGAGGUCUGCGGCAACGGCGUCGACGACGACGGCAACGGCUACGUCGACGACUGCCACGGUUACAACCACGCGGACGACAACACGAACCUGCACAACGCCGGCAAGGACCACGGCACGCACUGCGCGGGCACGCUGGCCGCCGAGGGCGGCAAUGGCGUCGGCGUCGCGGGCGUCGCCGGCGGCAAGGCGCCGGGCACGGGCGUCAAGCUCAUGGUCUCCGUGGGCUUCGGGGCCGCGCGCACGGCCGGCUUCGCCGAGGCGCUCGUCUACGGCGCGGACAUGGGCGCCCAGAUCAGCUCCAACUCCUGGGGCUACAAGCAGUCCAACUCCUACGAGCAGGCCCUGCUCGACGCCAUCGACUACGCGAACGACAAAGGGAGCCUCGUCGUCUUCGCCGCCGGCAACCACGCCGAGACGGAGAAGCGCUACCCGGCGGCCUACGCGGGCGCGGUCGCCGUCGCCGCCACGGACGACGGCGGCGCCAUGGCGAGCUUCUCGAACCACGGCGGCUGGGUCGACAUCGCCGCGCCGGGCGUCGCCGUCGUGUCGACGAUCGGCGGCGGCCGCUACGCGGCGUCGUCCGGCACGUCCAUGGCCGCGCCCCACGUCGCCGGCGUGCUCGCGCUCGGCGCGUCCCUCGACACCGCCGCCGGCGGCCGGCCGACGCGCGCCGCGCUCCUCGCCUGCCUCUCGUCGACGGCCCGCGACGUCGACGCGGUCAACGCGAAGCCGGGGAAGCUCGGCGCGGGCCUCGUCGACGCCGAGGCCUUCGUCGCGUGCGCCGCCGGCGACGACGAAGACGCCGCCCGCGACGCCGCGGCGCCGCGGCAGCUCGAGAUCGCGGGCGUCAAGCGCAUGGCCGCGACGGGCCUCGCGAGCUGGGCGUCCGACGACGACGAGGCCUUCGCCGUCGCGUACAAGACCAAGGCCGACAAGCGCUGGACCGAGACGUCGGACUCCUUCCGCGCCUACGCGCGCGAGUCCGACGGCAAGUACUACCAGGCGCUCCCGGGCGUCGCGUGCGGCGACAAGGUCAUGGUCCGCGUCUCCGCCGCGUCCGGCGCGACGGCCAAGACCUCCUGGAAGAAGCUCAAGUGCUAGACGACACCACCACCACCACACCACAUGACGACGACCACCACCACCACCACCACCUACGAACUCGCGCCACGCCGCGACCACCACUACCCCACCUACGAACUCGCGCCACGCCGCGACCACCACCACCACCACCUCAAGCUACCACGACCACGACCACGCUCGUACGUAAAAAAACCCUUCCUAUAAAAACGAGCCUCACGUCGUCUUCUUGAGGACGACGAGGCCCUCGCC